AUGUGGAAUACUGAUACAAACCAUGCCCUCAAACCUGAGACAGACCCUGGCCCCGGCCAGAACGAGCCCUUUGCCUUCUCUUCUAUACCCUAUAGCUCGUCGGUUGGUCCACCCGGGCUGGUAGAUAGGAGACCACUGCCAAACAUCCACGCGCAAGCCGGAACCUCAGCACCUGCUGCCUCACAGAUGCAAACAGCGGCUCAGCGAAGGGAAAAUGCGAAAGCCAGGCGGCGAGUGCCCACCUCACAGAGGAAGCGCACAAAGCUCAGUUGUGAUGCAUGUAAGUCGAAGAGAUGCAAAUGUCUUCGCACUGGCCCGACGCCCGAAUCGGAUGACGCCCAGGAUGACAGCUUAACCCCCUGCAAGAAUUGUGUCGAUACAGGAAUAUCAUGCGUCACGACAUUGCCUCGGAAGCAGAGGAUAUAUGGAAGUGUCGAACAGCUUGACCGACGUUAUCGAGCGUUGGAUGCCUUUGUAGCCGGUGUGUUUACCGACUUGCCUCCAGAUGCGACCGCUGACGAGUUGGUUGAGUACGGCAGACAACGCGGCAUCGCUAUGCCUGAUCUGGGUCCUGACUGUGAGACCUCAAAAUCGCCACCGACAACUAUAACCUCCGUCGUCUCGCCCACCUCACCCUUGGCCGCGGGGCAAAGGAUUGGCGAAGACAGUCCCAAAUACGACCCCACCAACCCCCAUUUCCUCAAAGAUACCAGCGGACAGUCAUACUACAUCGGUCCUUCUGGAAGCCUUGCCAGCUUCGCCAGAAUACGGGAUCUGAUUGCAAGACGGUUAAGAGCCUCCGGAGACCCAGACGCUGGCCGACGUAUCCAACACCUUUCCUCGGAAUCUGUUACGGAUACUAUUGCCGGCUCAUUUGACGAGACAUCUGGGCAUAUAAAACGUCCAGCACCGUCAGUGACCAAUUCAUUACACAUGAACAAUAAAAAUGCUCUCGAAGAUAAACCUACGAAGCAUAGCGACUCCGAUAAUGCGAACGACCCCAGAUUCUGGGUACCAACCUCCAAAAUCAAGCUUCCGAGCAAGGAGCGGGCAGACGCUUGUGUAAACGCAUUCUUCGACCAUGUUCAUCCAAACUUCAUACUUUUACAUCGACCGACGUUUGAGCAACACUACGAGGAUAUUUGGAAGUCUUCCUCACAUCGUCAAAAUGUUCCGACGCAUGCGGUGCAAAGAGAAACGUAUGUGUCGGUAGGGUGGCUAUGCUGUCUGUACACGAUAUUUAUUUUGGGAUCCCGAUCACUCCCACAGGAUUCAAAGUCGCUUGAAUUUCAAAGGACAUGGCACGAUACGGUGAGGGAGCUUCCAUCUUCGUUGACGGCUUCAACUCUUCCGAAUGUCUGCGCUCUCAUGCUGCUCGGCUUGUACUUCCAAGGCACGAAUGACCGAAAUAAAACGUGGGUCUAUAUUGGUGCGGCAUGUCGUCUUGCUAUCGCCCUAGGAAUGCACCAGGAGCUUGCGAAUGAGGGCAUGGAAUAUUCCGUCAAGGAGCUCCGGAAACGUGUUUGGUGGACUUUGUAUGAUUAUGAGCAGCAUCUUUGUUGCUCGCUCGGGCGCCCGAGUGCCAUCGGUGAUUUGGAAGUCAACAUCGGCGCUCCCGAUGAAACUCUGCUCCAGUGCAUACCCAACUUUUCUCACGACCAGAUCGGACACUGGGUUCGUCUCGUCCGCCUUCAAUCUGCAAUUCGAAGAGAUGUCCAUGCCCCGCCUGUGAACACUACACAGGUAAUUCCUCGGACGAUACACUACCUUCGCCAGCUCUGUGCGUGGAGAGAAGAGCUCCCAUCCACGUUGCGACCAACAACUGCAGAUCAUGCUCAACCAGACCCAGCAAAGUGGCGGAGAAUUACUCUGCUUCAUGUCCAGUAUCAGAAAGUUUUGAACCUCCUGACACGUCGCUUCCUGCUUCGCGAAGUUGAGUCCAUUGAUCGAGAUCAAGGUCUAGCUCAAGAUGCCUUUGUUGUUGUCAAGAUGGGCAAGAUCUGCGUCACUGCAGCAAUGCGCUGCGUUAGCUUGCUUGUCGAGCUUUGGAAAGCCGGCCAAUUCAAUGGCGUUACAUCGCUGGACACUUACUACGCAUACCUGUCCAGCACUCAAAUAUGCCUCCGGUUGCUGGAACCUAGUCGCCCACCGUCGGAUGACCGGCUUGAAAAUGAACAAGCGAAAGACUGGAGGUUUCAAGCACAUGAACCCCAUAUAGAUGGAGAGACAUCGCAGCCUCGGUCAGUGUUGGACUUGGACCUAGAGACUCUCAUGGCCCGGUGGAACAUUGUCGAGGAUUACAGCAUUGCCCAGCUUGCGGAGGCCAUACGGCGAAUCCACGAUCUACUGCAGACCGUUCCAAUGUCUGGGUUCAGUGCCAAGUGCGAAGCCAUAUCAUCCGAAUUCGGCAAAGCUGUUGGUGCCAUUGACGGGGUGCCUAACUCGACGCUUUUCGGUGGCCACCUUGGUGAGGCGCUGAAUAAGGUGGAGGAGAGAGUACAUACUCGCCCAGUGCCCCUCAAUUUCCCUGCACAAAACGCACCGCUGUUCCAUGGUAAUGGCAUGGGAUUUCCUGACGACCUGCCAUUGAAGGCCUCACACCCACCAGCCACAGAUGGCAUUGCAGUACCCCUCCCAAUGACAACGGCUAUGCAUUAUAAUGUCAUGGACUAUGUUUACUCGGGUGUCCUCAACUGGAAUAGCCCAGGCGGCGCGGCAGCUUUACAACAACCAGCCAUCCAAUGGGACUUGGUUCAGCCACCUGAAGAAUGGUCAGAAGGCAAUGGUGUGUUCAUAGAUAUGGCUGCAAACUCGUGGUCUUGGCCGUUCCAGGGAGACUACCCACAUAAUAACAUGGACCCGGGCCAAUAG